ACCAUCAGUUAUCCUCUUCUACGAUCUCAUUUACCCUUCGGCAUAUAUCACAGACCAUCAGUUAUCCUCUUCUACGAUCUUCAUCUACGUUUUACGAUCUUCAUCUACGUUUCAUGAUCUUCUCCCAUCUUCUCCGACGUCUUCUGUGGUCGUCAGUAAUUUCAUACAACCACAGUCAAUCGUCCCAUUAUUGUGAAGAGAGUGUCUAUUUGUCGGAUGAAGCCUUAUUCGGCCAUUGUUAAGGAUCUGAGACCUAAUUGUCCAUUCAUCAUGUCGGUAUAACUUACGCAUUACUCUGUUUUAUUAAUUUUCUAUUGAAUGCACUUUUAAAUCAUUUUGUUUAAUUUAAGGGAUUUAUUAAUUCCUUAAAAAUUUUCCAGUGUGAAGUGUGAAGUUAGUUGAUGUUUGUCUGAUCUGUCCUGUAACGAAGGCUUUGUGAUAAUCAAAUGAUCUUAAGCCUAAUGAAUCCUUUCAUUAUUUGGGUAGAUCGUACAAUAUUCCUUUGUUUUUUGACUUUUAUCGUGGAUUAUUGGACUCCUCCGGCGGAGCCUGAGCUGUACCGGUAUACUACCUCCUCAGUCGUACAAUAUUCCGACUGUAGAGAACAACCUUUUCAUAUUUUCGACUCUAUUUUUGGUGUUUUUCUAUUAGUUCUAUAUAUUAAUACGAUCUGAAACAUGCAAUUUAUUUUGUUUGAAUCUGACUGUAAAAUUAAUGAUUUUUAAAGUAAAUUAAAUCAGUGAUGAAGCCACAAAUCUGUCUGUAUAUAUGAUUCUCGAGUACAGCUAUGUCAUUAUAUUAUGUGUAUCAUAUUUGUUUUUUAAUAGACAUAAACAGACGCAUUUGAUAAAUAUGGUCGGGAUAAUAAAUAUGCAUUACAUAAGUGACCAAUGUAUACUGAUAUCUCUCAAACAUGCGAUAUUCUGUAUCAUCGUGUCACUCAUUAUGAGCAGAAUAGACCGGUAGUAACCAAAUCUACUCUUUCAACUGUUAUAUGAUAUAAACCUAUUUUUCUCUAUGUAUAUGAAGAAAGUAGUUUUUAUUAACAUAUAUACGUAUUUGGAUUUGAAGUGCUUCCCAUUUUAAGUGAACUGUUUUCCCAUGUUUUCCCAUACGUAAAAUUGAUCUAUGUUUAUCACAUUUAUUAUACAAAUGUACCUGAAUGUCGUUUGUAAACUGUAGUAUACAUGUAAAUUUUCUGGGAAAAACUCUUGCUUUAUACGUAGUAUUUGAUUGUAUUGAACUAUAAUUAGAUUUGUUGGCUGCCCUCUUCAAUUAAAUAUCUUUUAAUUCAACUAAAUAGACUUAUACUCCGUACAUAAAAUCAUUAGAGUUAUUGUUGUGUAAGUACACUUACUUUAAAAAUGCUUUCAAAUAUCAAAUACUUAUAUUCUUGAACUGCGUUGGAAAAGAUGUACCUACAUUCAAUUCAUUUUGCUUGUGAAAUUGACAUUUCAUCUUAAGUUAAAACCCUAUGCUUAAGUGUUUUUUCGGAUAAAAAAUAGUACUGAUUCUUUUUAUAAACAGGACAUGUGAAUCCAAGGAUGAAAACAGUACUGAUUUUUUUAUACAUGUGAAUUCAGUACUAUAUUCAUCUUGAAUUCUUCCAUUCCAAGAAGGCCUUCUGCUAGCCUUGGAGAUUCAAAUAAAUUUUGUACUCUUUCAUUCAUAUGCAUUCAGCACAAUAUUUUCUCAGCUUGUCAUUUUGGAAGAUUGUGGGUGCUAACAUUAUGUGUAACAUAACAGAAGGCCUUCUGUUAACCUUGGAAAUUGGAUUUGCUAACUCUUUAAUAUUAAACUCGUCAAAUAUUAGUCUUGGAAGAUUCAAUACUCUUUAAUAUUAAACUCGUCAAAGAUUCAUUUCUAAAAUCAGAUGCUUGCAAAUUAGAUUUGCUAACUCUUCAAUAUUAAACUCUGUUACUUUCAAUGUAAAUUAAUAUUUGAAAAGAAGCAGCUGCAUUUCAAACCUAGUUUGAGCAAGUAUAUAUGUAUUUAUAUAUAAUGUUUAUUAUUAAUUAUAUCCUUGUAUGUUUUAAAGAAAUGUUUGUUCUUGGAAUAUUAAGAUGUUUUUUGUAAGAUUAUUUGCAUAAAUUAUAAAUAUUUAAUAUGGUGAUGUCUCCCAAGAUCUAGUAAGCAAGCCCCAUCCUGCAUAACUUGUUUGAAUUAGGCCACACCAAAAUUUUAGUAAAACAGGUGGUGUUAGUUUUUGAGUUAUUAUAAUUUACCUGGAUUUCUCGUAGCACAUCAUGGAUUGUUGUUAUUAUUGGUAUAUUAUAACUUGUACACUUCAAGCUCUUUAACUUAAGACUUAUCCAUUCCAAGUAGUAGCCUCUUCACUGUAGUAUGGAUUCUGGUCCCCUGUCAAAAACAUUUGAUGUUAAAAUUCAAAUAAAACUAAUGCCAAGCAGAAUAGUAAUUACACUGGAGCAUUGUUUUUGAAGAAAGCAUUACCUAAUCGCUGAGAUGGUGUGUGUUUGUUGAGGUGUUGAACUGCUAAAACAUUUAGGGUAUUUAUAGUGGCAUAAGCCUUGGUCUGAAGUCGUAUGAGUGGUUUUUAACCAAUGGUUCAUUCAAACUCAACAAUCUUUAGUCUAAGAUUUUAAGUACAUAUCAUUUAAUGUUGUGUAGUACAAAUGUACAAUUCAUUUAAUGUUCAUUUGAUGAUCUUAUGCUUCAGAUAGCAGCUUGUUCAUAAUACACAACAUUAAAUGCUACGGAGUAUUACACAACAAAUCAAGACUGAAAAAGCAAAAGCUUCUACUCUGCAGAUUCUGAAGUGUGUUGUCCGUGACAGUCCAUUAAGCCACACAGUCUGAAUCGUUGACCACAGAUCUUCAGUAUUAUAAUAGUUUCUUGAGCCACACAAACUUCAUUGGACAUUGGCCCUUGUCCUAUUAUUGCAGCUCUGUUCUUAUGACCCCUUGAGCCAACUUGUCACUUCUUUGCAAAAGUGGUUGAGCCAACUCUUCAGACCCGUUUGACUCAUACUAACUUGUGACCCAUAUUUGACCCAUAUUUUGACCCGGUUUUUGGGCGGGAACACUGUUCAUAUUUCAUUUUGCUUUUGUAUAAUAGAAGAUUCUCUUAGCUAAUUUGGACUGGACCAACAAUGCCGACAACCUUGGCACCUAGUUGUCUUUACUCCCUUUUUUUUGCCGAGUUCUUUACUCCCUUUUAUUUCAUUCCUUUAAUUUUAUUUUCCUUUAAUUUUAUUUUCCUUAGUUUGUUUCUCGUUUCCACACAACCAUCUUGUAUCCAAUCUUGACAUGGAAUCAUAAAGUUGCUGUUUUUUUCAAAAAAAAAAAAUAGAUUCAAGAGAACAAAUGGAGAUUGCUUCAUUGAAGCAGAACAUCAAGCACUUGAAACUCACAGAUACGAACAACUCUAUAAAUUCUAGUUCAGUAGAAGGAGACAAUGGCUGUGGCGUGCAGAUCACGUGCUUCUCUGAAGUCUCCCAUGAUGGUGUCGAUCUCCAUUUCCAGAUCAUUCGUCUUCUCAAACAGAUAUAUGUAUGGAUAGGCUGCAAUACUGCAAAAUUUGGACAUCUAUAUGCAGCUGGACCUACAUGCCCUAACGAUGCAGUUUCUGUUGCUUGCUUACUUGGAGGAUCAUCUGAUAAUACUGGAUCUGGAAUUGCACGUCGGUUAGUUUUGAAGACUGGCCUCAAUAUAAUAGUGGCUUGUAAUAUCCCCAAAAAUAGCCCCAUGCUUGAGGCUGAAGCAGAGAAAAAGUUGAUGGAAAAGCUUAUCAGUCUAGGUUACACUAAGCCAAGAUAUCAAGCGCUCUCUUCACAAUGAAAGAGAUGAUAUUGUUGCAUGGAGCUCUGAAGCUUGUCUACUAGUUGCACUGCUAUCUUGACCAUGGGUACCUCCUUGCUCUGGAGUUUCUUCACCUACAUUCAGAGAAUCAUUAGAAGCAUAUAUAAAAGUUUGAAGUGUAGAUUGAUAGUGGAUUGUUUUCUUGAAAUCUAAAGUUUUGUGUGUAAUCGUAUCAUCCAUGCGUUCUGGUAAACUGGUCAGUUGACUUGCUAGUUACUAUGUCUAACUGUUUAAUUGAUAGCGGAUUGUUUUCAAUCGUAUCAUCCAUGCGUUCUGGUACACUA